AUGAGAAUCAGGGAUCCAAGCAGAGUGCGCGGUUCUGGUUUCGUUCAGUUUCCGCCACAGAGACCUUUUGAGGGCCCCGUGAUUUAUCAACCACCGACAGUCUGCUCAACGCACACACCGAACCUUCAAACUGCACGAGCGGCAAGUACACCACACCCAACUUUGCCUCGCUCACACAACUCCCAAAAGCCACGCCCCACAACCGCUUUGAAUCAGCCUGCUCAUGUCGUAAAUAGUACGAUUACGACGGAAAAGUCGAAGCUUGUUCGCAACUCCUGUUCUGAGAGCUCCACGAAACUUUCACGUGCACAGGCAAAGCGACUCCGCAAAAAGAAAAGAGAUAGCACCUAG